UUUCUUUCGAGAAGAAGCGGGGCAACAGCCAGGCGCCGAAAUUGUUUUUUGCGAAAUUAUUGGCCGCACUGAAGCAAAAAGAAAAUCAGAAGCAAGGAACGUCUAACGGUAGGCAGAAAACUAGUACAUCGUCUACUACUAGUGCUCCUGCAGCAGGAGGAGAGCCCGUGCCCGACCCGCCGCCGAGCCCUUCUAAGUCCAAGAAGAAAAAGAAGCACCCGUUUGAAACAGACAACGAGCCGACGCAGCAGAUGGCGUUUGCCGUAUGGAUUGCAAAUAUGUUACUAAGUGGAAGUUUCUAGGAAUUGGGAAAAUUCGAAAAAAUUCCCACCCCUUCGAAUUUUCUUCCGGCUGCAGCAGCUCUCCCUCGCGGUGUUCGGCUUGCGUGGCGCGCCUACGUUUGUUUGCUGUCUUUGAAAAUGGAAACAACAAAGGCCUGCUUCAGACCUCAGACAUAUCGCCACGCAGUGAAAUCAUCACUGCAGGCAGGUACUUUUUCAGGCCCCACUAACCUCGAGCGCAUGCAUGUUAUCAGCGGAGGCUCCGCACACACACAAAAGCGCUCUGCAUUUGAAUAAGCAGCAGCGUCCUCUGCGGGGGCAUCACAGUCAAAGCACUGCUUUAAGGCCACAGGUCGUCGAGGUAUCUGGGCUCACUCUACCGACCACCAGCCCGCCGAAAAUCUGCGGGCUGAGGUUGCCAAACUGGUGCUGCAACUCUGGGAGGGGCCAAUGGGGUCGGGCGCGUGGCCUACCCGGCGCGAGGAGGCGCGGAAACAUUUGGCCGGGAAGGCGAACGACUACCUCGGCGCCUUUAAGUACCCCGACAAGCUGGGGGCGGGGUGCCCCAAUAAAGACCUCGCCCUAGGGUUUCGCUCCGAUACUAUUUUUGCUGUGUUCUUUCUAUGAUUCAAAUAGAGAAUGGCGGUUUCCGGUGGUGAUUCAAUUUCUUGGGAAAAUGCCGAAGAGGGGGGGUCGCGGGGGGGUCGGAUUGGGCCUCGGGAGGGUACCCAAGAAAGGGGGCCAAAACCGGCACCAUAGCAUGGCGAUUCAAUUUCUUGGGAAAAGGGCGAAGAGAGGGGUCGGAAGCCCAGGGGGGGCGCCGGGGAGGCCACGACUUUCCCAAGAAAUUGAAUCGCCACGCUAUGGUGCCGGUUUUGAACCUGUUCUGAGGCGAUUUCGGGGCUUGGCAUGUUUUUACAUUUCCCCGAGCCCCCUUUUUUGGCUUGCAUUUUUGCCCGCAUGGCGCGCACGAGGCGAGGCGAAAAGCGCCACCAUACCAUCGCGAUUCAAUUUCUUAGGAAAAUUGCGAAGUGGCGCAAUUCAGCAUCUUGGGGUCACUCACCUGCCCCAGCAGUCUGCUCCGUGUCCAGGUGCCCUAUCUGUGUGGGGGUUGUGCGGCGAGCUGUUGGGCGGUACAAUAAGCCCAAAUACCGCAAAGGCCAGCAACUUCAGAGUGCGUCUUUGACUUCGAUGCGCCCGUAGGAGUCGCUGCGCUUUUAUGAAUUGGGAACGAUUUGUGUGUGUGUGUGCGGAGCCUCCGGCGAUGGCAGGUUCGCGAUCGAGGUAAGUGCGGCCCGGGAAGUACCGUCUUGCUUUGAUGAUUUUGGGGGUUGGUGACGUGUGCGAAAGUCUGUGACAGUCUUCUCCUCUUUCCAUUUCGAAACACACCAAACAAAUGCUGGCGCGCCACGCCAGCUAAACACCGCUACGAGGAGCAGCCGCAGCCGGGGGAGGGUUCGCAGGGAGGCCAAUUUUUUCAAAUUUUCCCAAUUCCUAGAAACUUCCACUUAGUAUAUGUCUGGGGCUGGAAGAAUACAAACUUGUGAUGCGCAUUUCAGAACACAGAAAAAUCUCUCAUGCAUAGGCAGCAAAAGCUGCCCACUUUGUGUUAUCAAAAUGGGGCAUUUGUCAUGCGGAUCCGGCAUUGCGGAAGCUUCUAGAGACCUGUGAUGCUAGAGCUUCCAUGCCAGACCUUCUGUGUCAUGCAAAAACAGCAUGACUCUUCCAGACCCAGACAUAUGUGCGAUCCAUGUGCCGUUAUUGCGUACAAAAACUGCUCGAACCUGUUGCAGUUGAUCAAGGAGCUGCACUGCGAGGGUGUGGAAUCGAAUAGGAAAAAUAUCCCAAAUGAAAACUACUUGCCCACCCCAGACUUGUCAUGCGGAUUUGCAAUGGCAGAGACGCUUGUUGUAAUGCGCAUCCCCAUGAGAGGCAUUUAUUUUUCGUCGUGAUGUUUAUGUUUUGGCAUUUGUAAUGCUGUAAACAGCAUGAGGAAGUCGAUUUGUGAUGCGGCUUUAUACCUCGCUCACCCGCACUACAAGACAAAGAAAAACUUGUCAUGCGUGACUCCGAGACGAGCUUCUGGAUUUGUGUUGCAGAGUUCAUCCCAGCUUGAAUAUUAUGGGGUGGAGAAAGCGUUUUUUCUCAGGAUAAAAAAAGCGGUGCUCGAGCACGGGAUCCGCAUGUUUCUGGUGCAGAUUGAAAAGGAGAAAUUCACGGGGCAGAUGAAUCUGCAAAUGAAGUCCAAAGUGCAGUCCAAGGGAAAGGCAGACGAUCUGGAGAGGCUAUGAUCCACAGCAAAUUUAUUUUAGUUAUGUCUGUACGUGUACGCGUAAGUAUAAAAUGAAAAAUCUUCCUCCACAAGCUGCCUACGCCGUGACUGCAUGACAAAAUAAUUUCUGCUCAAAGUCACUCAGGUAAAGCGAGUCUCUCAUCACUUGUUCAGGAGGUCGAAUUCGAAAAAAAAAAAUGACAUGCAAUAUUUUUACAAGACAAUGGCGUGCACGGCAAUCGCAAAAAUAAAUUUGUAGUACUGCAUAGAAGCUAGAAGAGUCAUAUGACGAGACGUUCGAUAAGCAGGGCUUCAUCGGAGGUGCAAGCAAUGCGAGCGGAAAAUCCGUGAAGCAACUAUUGGAACAGGAACUGCAGCAGUUGAUCGGCAAGCGAAAGCAGCAGCUAAAACAGCAGUUCAAGCACGAUUUGGCGAAGAAAAUUGAGGACCUGACCAAUACGUUGGAGGACCAGGCGACGGCGGAGGAGUAUGAAAGUGCACAACACCCCCUCCCCCUCGUUUGUCAUGCAAAACCCCAAAGGCAGCUGCUGCCCUGUCGCACUCUCUGCAUGCGAGAUUCAUCCGGAAGCUGCGGCCCAAACAGCACUUGACUAGGCGCAUGAAUGUGUCAUGCACGACAGGCUCCACGUGUGCUGGUGUUUGUCUUGCUGCUCCUGCCCUUCAAAUGAGAGGGAGGGGGAGUUGUGCACUUUCACAGGGGGUUGCGGAGGUGCAUGAAAUUUUUGAAGCAGACGGAAAGCAAAGCCAAAAGGGUGAAGAAAAUGGAGCUGGUCAAGCGAGUCUUAUUUGGGAAGAUGAACAACUAUGGCACACCGGCUGCUGCAAACACAACUACAUCGUCUGGUAGUAGAACAUUACCUGGUAAAAUAAAUGCAGACCGACCAGGAGCUCCUGCAGCCCAUCAAAAUCAACCGCAAUCCGCGAGUACUACAACUAGUGGCUUCGUAAUCCUCCAUAUCCACAGGAAAUUUCCCGUACACGUACCAAUGCGGUUUCUGCAUGACAAAACUUUCGUUUAUUCCUAUUCAGCAUGACAAGUGGCAUGCUGCAAAUUGAUGAAAUUUGUGAUGCAUUUUGUACAUGUACAGGAAAUUUGUAUUGCAUACUCCACCAGCUGUACGUUGCGCGGGAAUUGGCUUUCCUCACCUCUAUCGGUUCGCCGUUUUGGUUUAGGUAUGCGGAGGUUUUGGAAAAACAUCUUAUCCCCAUCGUCGAAAGGAUCGACGCGCGGUUCAAAAGUAUGGCGUUCUCAUAGACGUCAUUUUCUCAACUGUUACAUGGAUUUGUCAUGCAAAUAUAGCCAUGAAUAUCUGAUCUCGCUUACGAUCUUUAAGCUGCUUCGCAUGACAAGUUCGCGACUCGCUAGAUAGCAUGAGAAUUAUUAUCUUCUACGCCAAACCUGUAGUGCAAAAGGCGCAGUCUUCCCCUUUUCAAUUUUGCCACUCUUGCAUUACACAUGCACGUAACAGUUGACGAGAAUGUAACACUUGAGAACUCCAUAAAAAGAUUGGAAAAGGAACUGAACGCAAUCGAGGAGGCGAAGGGCGAGCUCUCGUAUGAAAUGUAAAAAUGUCUGGGUCUGGAAGAUUCCAGGAUUUGCCAUGCAUGUUUUGCAUGACCCAGGAUGUCUGUAAUGCACGACCGCGCGUCACAGAUUUUGAGAGGGCUUCCUGAUGCCAACUCCGCAUGACAAACGCCCUCCCCGCGUAGCACAAACUAGACUCCUCUUGCUGGUCAUGCAAUACAGAUUUUUCUAGAGUCCAAAGUUAGCGUCACAAGUUCCAAUCUUCCAGACCCAGACACUUUUGCAUUUGAUAUCUCGGCCGGUGCUGCUACUGGCGGCGGCUCAGCUGCUGGGAGAGCGAAAGGCAAGGGGGCGCAGUUGAUGCGGGAACUUUCCUAUCCAGUGCAAGCAUGUCUGGGUCUCUGGUGGAAGAAUCGCUGAGUUUAUCUAUCAUGCUAGUCUUGCAUGAUGACUCUGAAGUCUGUAUUGCAUGGGCACAGUAGACUAGACAGAGCUCCUCUCGGUUGUUAUGCAAAAACGCGGCUUCUCCUGCGGAACACCAAAGCGCAACACAGAACCGCGAAAAAACUUGUCAUGGUGGGAGACGCAUUACAGUUACAGUUUGAGUUUGCGCAAUAUUAGCCACUAGUAACCUGCAUCAGAACUUUCCAGACCCAGACGUGUUUGCUGUUGACAUAGCCUUGGAAGAGGAGGACGACGAGAACGAAGUCGACAGCAACGGGAACUACAGACCUCGUACUAGUACCUCUGGAGCCGAGCCCGCGGGACUGCCGGGGAAGAUGAAGCGAAAGUCUUUGUCUCUGAUCAAGGAAUAUCAAAUGCAAGUGUGUCUGGGUCUGGAGACUUGUGAUGCUGGCCGGCGAAUCAUGAAGACGCCACACAUGACGGCUCAGCAUGACAAGUUUCUGAGUUCUUGCAAGGUGUUGUCUAUUCAGCAUGACAAAGUGCGUUUUUGCAUGGCAGAACAUUGGGGCUUUUGGGUACUAACGCGCAUGAUAGAUUUGGGAGUCAUGCUAGCGGAGCAACACAAACUUGCACUCUUCCAGAGGACCCAGACAUAUUGGCAAUGCAUAAGGAAGAGGGCGAGGAAGUGGACUUCGAUAUUGAAGAGCCG